UCAGUGAACGCCGCACUGUCGAGAAGGGGCGACUGUUUCUUGAAGCUCCCAUCCGGGCGAGGGCCGCUGCAGCAUCCGCAAAGAAGGAAUACCGUUCUGAAAGGCUUGUUUGUGUUAUUCAAGGUGGACUAAAGAUGUCUUACCAAGGCAAAAAGAACAUCCCAAAGAUCACAAGCGACAGGCUUCUGAUCAAAGGAGGGAGGAUUGUGAAUGAUGAUCAGUCCUUCAAUGCUGAUAUCUACAUGGAGGAUGGCCUUAUUAAGCAGAUAGGUGACAACUUGAUUGUUCCCGGUGGAGUUAAGACCGUCGAAGCCAACGGGAAGAUGGUGAUUCCUGGAGGCAUUGACAUCCACACUCACUUCCAGAUGCCGUACCGUGGAACCACAACCGUGGAUGACUUCGCUCAGGGAUCAAAGGCUGCCCUCGUUGGUGGCACAACUAUGAUCGUGGAUCAUGUGAUCCCGGAGCCUGGCAGCAGCCUGAUGGAGGCCUACGACCAGUGGAGGCAGUGGGCUGAUGAGAAAUCCUGCUGUGAUUACUCGCUGCACGUGGACGUUACCCACUGGGAUGAGAAUGUAAAGCAGGAGGUGGACAAUCUGAUUAAGGAGAAAGGCGUGAACUCCUUCCAGGUCUACAUGGCCUAUAAGGACUACUAUCAGAUGAGCAAUAGUGAGCUUUAUGAGGUCUUUACCUUCCUGGCAGAACGGGGAGGCAUUGCUCAGAUCCAUGCUGAAAACGGCGAGAUCAUUGCUAAGGAGCAGAUCCGGAUGCUGCAGAUUGGUAUCACUGGACCAGAAGGACAUGUGCUGAGUAGACCUGAAGAGCUGGAGGCCGAGGCAGUGUUUCGUGCCGUAACCAUUGCCAGCCAAACCAACUGUCCUCUCUACGUGACCCGAGUCAUGAGCAAGAGCGCUGCUGACAUCAUCUCACAGGCACGGAAAAAAGGAAAUGUAGUGUUUGGGGAGCCAAUCACAGCCAGCCUGGGGACUGAUGGGACACAUUACUGGAGCAAGAACUGGGCCAAAGCUGCUUCUUUUGUUACGUCACCUCCUCUUAGUCCAGAUCCCACCACUCCGGACUAUCUGAACACACUGCUGGCAAGUGGAGACCUGAGUGUGACUGGCAGCGCUCACUGCACCUUCAGCGUGGCCCAGAAGGCCAUUGGCAAAGAUGACUUCACCCAGAUCCCAGAAGGUGUCAAUGGAGUGGAGGAGAGGAUGACACUCAUUUGGGAUAAAGCUGUGACCACAGGUAAAAUGGACGAGAACAUGUUUGUGGCCGUCACCAGCACUAACGCAGCUAAAAUCCUGAACCUGUACCCUCGGAAAGGCCGGAUUGCCGUGGGCUCUGAUGCCGACCUGGUCAUCUGGGACACAGAUGCUGUUUGCACCAUCACUGCCAAGACUCACAACUCGGCUGCUGAAUACAAUGUGUUUGAGGGCAUGGAGCUGCGUGGUGCCCCCCUGGUGGUGAUAUGUCAGGGGAAGAUCGUUCUGGAAGACGGAAACCUUCAUAUCACCUCUGGAGUGGGACGCUUCAUUCCCUGCCCUCCCUUCCCUGACUUUGCAUACAAGCGCAUUAAAGCCAGGAAGCAGUUGGCGGUUCUGAGGGCAGUGCCCAGAGGAAUGUACGACGGUCCGGUGUCUGAAUUCUCCAUGUCCCGUGGGGGUACCCCCUCUGCCUCGGCACGCACUUCUCCCACCAAGCAGCCUCUCAGAAAUCUGCACCAGUCUGGAUUUAGUUUAGCAGGUAACCCCGUAGCACCCGGACCCCCAACUCCAGAUGACGUCCCCAUCAGGCCUGCCGGUCGUCGUAUUGUAGUGCCCCCCGGUGGUCGCUCGAACAUCACGUCUCUCAGCUAAACGACAAAGAAUACAAGGGGAUGCUCCCACAAACAACAUCCAGACUGCAAGAUUGAGGGUGGGAGGGAAAAGGGGGAGGGAGGGGAGAAGAUGAAGAGGACCCCAAUUAUUAAAAUUUAAAAAAAUAAAAAUAAAAAAAGCAAAACACUGAAUCCUCAUGCCUUACCUGUCUCUACACUACUAUGCUCUGAUGAGAACUGUAUCCUUUUUCCUGGAGGGCAUUGAAAAGGUUCAAAAUUGCCACCAAAGCACAUCACUUAUGAUCAAUUAGCCUCACUUUUUCUCAGUGCAGAAGCCAUAACACCUACAGAGAAACAUGUUCUUGUUUUUUGGUUAAAAAAAAAACAAUCCUGAGUUAUACUAGGCACCAUUACAUUCAACUAAUAAUAAAAUAAAGUGUUUCCAAAGGAAAAUGGAUACUGAUUUUCUCAGAACGAUGCUAUUCUUCAUUUACCUUGCUUGGCGUUCAUUAACAACCCUUUUUAUCAGUAGCCUGCUUUCUCCAUAAUCAGCCAAAUCCACAGUAACACUAGACCCCACAUUAGCCAUGCCUCAUCAUGCAGUACCAUUGAUUAGCACUAGGUGGUGUUGUAUAUAUGAUAGAUGUAAUGUAACUUUGUGAAUGAUGUUACAGCCUGUUUGGAUGUAUUAGAACAAGCCGAAUACGUGUUGCCUCUGAAAGCAGGAAAGCUGCUGGACAUGGACCUGCAUGGGCCACAUUAAUAUGGGCGACCUGUUCCAUGAUCCGCUUCCUCCUCAGAAGUGUUAAAUGAAAAACGUCCUCAUGAUGUAAUGUUUUGAUUAAUGGCAUAAAAGAAAGAUUUGCGUAAGACAAAAAAAAGGCAGAAAAAAUAAAAGGAGGAAAUCUUGAAAGUGAUUUUACUAUUCUGUCUCCAAAUUGUUUCUAUCAGUUUUAUUUUUUCUGAUCUGUAGCCCUGUAAAAAAAAAAUGCAAGAAACUGUUGUUUUUGUUUGCUUCUAGUACAAUGACUGCUCCUGUAAUUCUGCAAUUAUAUCGCCACAAACAAACAGGCGAGCAAACCACGAGAAGCAGGAAUUAACGACUUGUAAUGUCUUUGUAGCAACUUGUAAUGAAAAGCCUUGCAGAUGCAACAACCUAAUUAAAGAAUAAGACUUGCUUUCAGAUGGUGGUGCUUUACCUCCUGCUUUACUAGUUUAUUUCAUUCUCAGCUGUCUGGGCUCCCAUUUUAGGAUAAACUCAAAGCCACCAUUCUCUUGGCAUGCCAGUACAACCAGUGCAGUCAUCAUCAGCCUAAUCAGGGACGGCAUUGCAGCUUGUUUUUACAUCUCUGCUGUUUUCUGCUAAGGGAGAGGAUUGCAGUGCAGUACUGGGAAUUUUUUACUUUAUACUUUUGUUUUUGCCCUGUUGUUGGGGAGGGUUUGUAGACAAGUUCUUUUGAUUUGGCAGACUGAGGCAGUGAUAUUUUGUUGUAUUUAUGUUAGUUUGAGAACCUUUGUUACUGUUUUUGUCUCCUUUUGUUACUGUUAAAUUGAAACCCUGAGAAGACAGAUCAAGACUGAAGAAGUGGUAGUAUCAUUUGUUUCCUGAAUAAACAAGUUGCAACUGA